ACAAAUUAUCAUAAUCACUUUUCCCUUGGUAAUUGUAUAAACAAAAUUGUCGAUCAUGUGAAGACACAAACAUUAAAUUAGUUACUAAAUUAGUUGAUUGUUCACUUAUUAUUAUGUUAUCACUUUUAUCACAACAAUUAACUCGCUUAGUUACUCAGAGAUCACAAGUAAUUUUAUUCUCAAUUCCAUCUAAUCAAUUGAUUCGUUCAUUGUCAGUGGUAAAUAAAAUGGAAUUUAAGUAUCCCAAACCUCGUCGAGAUGAUUCUAUCAUUGAAAAUCUUCAUGGAGUCAUGGUUAAAGAUCCGUACAGAUACUUAGAGGAACCCGAUUCUGAGGAGACCAAGAACUUUGUCCAUGAGCAAAAUAAAGUGACCUCCGCUUACAUCAAUCAAUGUGAUAUCAAGGAUAAAAUCAGUGAAAAGUUGAAGCUUUUAUUGGACUACCCAAGGUAUCGUUGCCCAUCUAAACAUGGAUCUAAAUAUUUUUUCCGUAAAAACGAUGGCCUUCAAAAUCAAUAUGUCAUCUAUAUUCAAGAUUCAUUGGAUGCUGAGCCUAAAGUUUUCCUUGAUCCUAAUAUGAUGGACAAAGAUGGUUUAGUUUCCGUUGAUAGUCUUAAUUUCUCGGAAAAUGGCGAUUGGGUUGCCUACAGUCUUGCCGAUUCUGGAUCGGACUGGAGACGAAUUAAAGUUCGAAACGUUGCCACUGGACUCGAUUCUGAUGAAACGUUACUUUUCUGCAAGUAUACAUUCACCUCCUGGACUCACGAUAAUAAAGGUUUCUUUUAUUCGCGCUACCCUAAACAAGACAAUUUUGACGGCUCAGAAAAUGAUAAAUGUCUUAAUCAGAAAAUGUAUUAUCAUAGAGUUGGUACACCACAAGAUGAGGAUGUCCUUGUGGUUGAAUUUAUUGAUCAACCAGAGAGCACAGUUUCCGGUGUGGUCAGUGACUGUGGAAAAUAUUUGUUCGUAUUCUCAUCUGAAUCUUGUAAAAACAACACUUUUUACUAUGCUCAUUUGGAUGGAGAUUUAAAAGGCAAACUUGUCUUAAAGCCGAUAAUUGACAAAUAUGAGGCUGAUUACGAGUUCAUUGCCAAUGAUGGUCCACUUGUCUAUUUUAAAACUGAUCGUAAUGCUUCAAACAAUAGGAUUAUCAGGAUUAAUUUAGAUGAACCGGACGAGAAAAAUUGGAUCAACAUUGUUCCCGAACACGAGAAAAAUGUUCUCAAUACAGCAAUUUGCGUGGACGGUGAUAAAUUAAUUACUAUCUACACUGAAGAUGUGAUCGAUGCGAUUCAAUUUCGAUCUCUUCAAGAUGGUAAAAUACUAUUCAAGCCGAAAAUACCGAUCGGCUCUAUAGUCCAAAUAACUGGAAAACGAACUCAAAGUCAAAUAUUUUUCCAAAUACAAAACUUUCUCUCUCCUGGUAUAACUUACAGAUAUGAUUUCAAACAAGAUUCUGAUAUUUCUAUAUUCAGAGAAACUCCAGUAAAAGGAUUCGAUGCCUCACAAAUUGAGAUGAAACAAGUUUUCUAUCCUUCUAAAGAUGGAACUUUAAUACCAAUGUUUAUCCUUCAUUCUAAGGAUUUUAAACAAGACGGUGAAAGUCCAUGUCUCCUCUAUGGCUAUGGAGGAUUUAAUAUAACCCUUUCUCCCAGUUACUCUCCUACUCGUCUAUUGUGGGUACAAAACUUCAAGGGUAUUUUCGCCAUUGCUAAUCUACGAGGUGGAGCAGAGUAUGGUGAGAAAUGGCAUAAAGCUGGAAGCUUGGAGAACAAGCAAAAUGUAUUUGAUGAUUUUAUUUCUGCUGCUGAAUAUUUGAUUGAAUCUAAAUACACCAACAAGAAAAAAAUCGUAAUCGAAGGAGGAUCAAAUGGUGGACUAUUGGUCGCUGCUUGUGCUAACCAACGACCUGAUCUAUUUACUGCAGCAAUUUGUGUUGUUGGUGUCUUAGAUUCACUUCGUUUCCAUAAAUUUGGUAUUGGUAAAUUUUGGACUAGUGAUUAUGGUAAUCCUGAUGAUGAAAAGGAUUUCAAAGUUUUAAUCAAAUACUCUCCCUUGCAUAAUAUUCCCCUUGGAAGUGAAGUUUAUCCCAAGAUGUUACUUUGCACCGGAGAUCAUGAUGAUCGUGUUGCUCCUCUUCAUACCCUUAAAUUUGUUGCGGAAUUACAACAUUCCCUUAAUCUAAAGGGAACUCCUCUAUUAGCUCGGAUUGAAGUUAACGCUGGACAUGGAGCUUCAAAACCAAUCAACAAACAGAUUGCGGAACGAACGGACAUUUAUUCCUUCAUCAAGCUCGCACUUGAUUUACCAUAUUAUGAAUAAAUUGGAUUAUUAUUUAUGACCAAAGUUCAUUUUCUCAUAACAAUAUAAUUACAGACUCGAAUAUUGUCUGAUCAACUUUAAUAAUCUACCAGGUUGAUCAAUGGAAAUCAAUCAACUUUAUAUAUUUAUGAUUAAAAUAAUACGAGAUCAUUUUCACAGUAAAAAGAGAUGGCAUUUAUUAUA